CGUUUGUAUUUGGCACCAGCAGAAACAUCCAUUGCGUUGCGACUCAACUCGCAACCCAGCUCACCGCUCUCAGCGUCUGCCAUUAAUAAAGCCUAGCUUCACUUUUCAACAAUACCAAGCUCAGACCAAUAGAGACUAUCUACAGCUCAAAUCUACACGCGUGGUUCUCAAGACUUUUUGCUGAAGUUAACCUCGCGUGACAAGCGCACUUGGAUAGAUAACAUCUUAAGAACUAUCUUUUGUGCCACAUAUAUUCGUCCAGGGGCUGAGCCCCGGGCAAAAAGCAUUUGCAUUAACCAUGGGCUCGGCACCGUGACUUCCGGAAAGUUGUUACGGCCUGAGCUGCCACAAUGGCCGGAGUGCACCAUAGCCCGCAACUUAAGGAGCUGGAGCGGGCACGGGAGGUACAGGUCCUGAAUGCCGCGAAGGUGCAGGCACUAUUUCAGUACCUGAAUUUUGGUGAUGCGGCGGCCUUCGACCGGUGCCUGGCGCGCUCGGGCAAGAGCCCGGAGUGGCUGGGUCAUGCCGUGGACGGCGGCCCCACGCCGCGCAAAUUUGCGGCGCUGCUUACCACUGAGCAGUGCCGCAAGGUGCACGGCGCGGAGGGGGCACGGCACCACGCGGUGGAGGCCAAGCGGCGGGAGCAGGUCACCCUGACGCCAGAGGAAAUUAUGAAGGGGCUGCAGCAGGCGUUUGAGGCGUACACCGACCCGCUGCUGCUGGCCAAGUCCGGGCGCAAGGAGAUGAACAUCGUGGGCUUCUGCCGCUUCCUGCGCGACUGCCACCUGCUGGACAACCGCCUCACGCUGGUGCACGCCGACGUCAUCUUCACCAAGGUGGACGCAGGCAGCUACAUGGCAGCGGGCAGCGCCCAGAACAGCAGCAGCGGUGGCGUGCCGCUGCCGCCCAUGCCGGGGAAGCAGCAAUCGCAGGCGUCCACCAGCACGUUGCCGGGGGACCUGCACGUGGACUACACCGAGUUCCUGCGCUGCAUGGCCGCCGUGGUGCGUGUCAAGUUCCCACACGCCGCCGACCCGCGCGAGGCGCUGCUGCUGGCCACGCGCAAGUGGGUGCUGCCCUUUGCGCGGCUGGGUGCCGACGGCGGCGGGCUGGGCCUGGGCUGCGGUCCCGCCUCCGCGGCGGACAGCCUGUUCGACCGCUCCGCCAUGAACCUGCUGCGGACCUACGACAGCCAGCUCAAGCGGCUGUACGCUUGGUACACCUGCAUGGAGGAGACGGACCCCACGCACGUGACGUGGGCGUGGGUGCACGAGCACGGCGGCACGCUGGACUCGAACAACUUCGUGCUCAUGCUGCUCAACUUUGGGGUGCUGCCGGUGCUGCUGUCCAAGCACGAGGCGCUGGACCUGUUCGUGCGGUGCGAGGCGCGAAACGACGGCGACGAGAAGGCCAAUGCAGUGCUGUACCCCACAUUCCUGGAGGCGCUGGCGGAGGUGGCGCUGGCUGUGGCCGACGGCGCGGCCUCCCGGGUCCGCUCCGCCAGCAGUGUGGAGGACCUGACCAUCCUCAGCCACUACGCCGGGGGCUGCCCGCCGCCCCUGGGCACCAAGCUUACCAAGCUGUGUGUAGAUGCGCAGCGCGCACGCGGCCGUGAUGCGGCGGCGCUGGAGCAGCAGCAUUCAACCUUUGACACGACAGCCGCAAAGCAGCGGAACGCAGCAAAAGCUGCGGAGGCGGCGGCGCGGCAGAAUGAGGCGGCCAUACGCGGCGUGGUGGAAAGGCGUGAGAACCUGCGCCAGCGCUUUGCGCUGACGCGGCUCCGCAACUUCUACCGCGACGUGCGCACCACUAACAACAACACCACGUGGCCGCCCGAGCGGGACGCCUCGCCUACCACCCGCCGCAGCGGCGCCGGCGCGCUGGGCGCGGGCGGCGCGGCUGCAGAGGAUCCGGAGGAGGGCGGCGUGCACGUGGCCUUCUACGACAGCGAGCGGGCCAUCAAGACGCCGCGCCCUGUGUGGAUCCCGAACGGUCCGCCGCUGGCCAGCCGCCGCUACAGCGUCCCCGACGGCGCCCCGCAGCCCACGCCCUCCGCCGCCGCGGCCGCAGCCGCCGCCGCUGCGGCCGCCAGCAUAGGCGUGCACCUGGGCGGCGCCGCCGGCAACAUGUUGCUGCUGGACUCGCCCUCCGGCGCCGCCGCCCCCAAGCUCGCGGUCCACCGGCCCUCCAUCCUGCAGCCGCCCUCGCCGGGCGCCUACGCGGCGGCGUACGGGCGCACGCCCAAGCCCUACCAGCUCAAGGUGUCCAUUGAGGACCGCGACGAGCACGAGGCGAUCCUGGACCUGGCGGGGCGGCUGCCGCACAUACGCACGCCUGAGGACGCGCACGGGCACAAGCUCGGCGGGCCGGUGAGCAGCGCGGCCUCCAGCUCGGGGCGGAUCACGUCCAACUCCAACCGGCGGGCGGUGACGGCGCCGGCGGAGAUGCGGCGGGGGAACGGCGCUGCCGCAGCUGCCGCAGCGGAAGUAGAGGCAGAUUACGAUGACCAGGGCGAGGCCGGCAGCGGCGCGGGUGGGCAGCGGCAGCGGUUACCUUCCGUUCAGCACCAGUUGCACCGGCUCCAGGCCAACGCGGCAGCCCUGGCGGCCAUGGCGGGCCAGGCGCCGCCGCAUCCCUACAGCCAGCACCCCAUCCCGCAACAGCAGCUGUCUGCACCACCGCUCAUCCACUCCUGCGCCUCCGCGCCGUCCGUACACCUGCCGGCCGCCGCGGGGGCCUCUUUCGUCAGCUACAACACCGCGCACCCGCCCCCGCACCACCACCCGCUCAGCUCCGGCCCCUCCACCACCUCGCUCUCUGGCCUGGCGGCGGGCGCGGGCAACUCCGUCGUGCCCAUAUUCCUACACCUGCCGCUAGGUCCCUCCAGCUCACAGCUCUCCGCGCUUGGGGUGGUGCCGGCAGUGCCAGUUUGUGGCAGCCCCGAGACGGCCGCGCGCGCCUCCCUGGCGCGGCGCAAGGCCAGCCAGCGCGCGCGCCGGCCCGAAGGCGCCCUGCCCCACCUCAAGCUGCCGGCAGAGGGCGGCCCCAGCGCAGAGGCGGCGGCAGCGCUGAAGGAGCUGGAUGCCUUUGACGGCGUAGCGGGGCGCCACCACCAUCACCAUCACGGCUCGCACGUGGGCAAAGCGGAUGGUGGAGGCAGCCGCAGCCACCAGCCCAGUGCCGCCAACAGCCCCACCCUGGCCACACGCAUGGCCAGGGAGCUGGCGGGCUAUGCGUGAGCGGGUGGCAUGUGUUUUGUUUGGUGAGUGCGUGUGUUAAUGUGCACUGCUGUGCCAACUGGGUCAAGUAGGACACGAGCAGGACUGAUGCAUUGUAUUGACACUUGCGCGUGUACAACUUUAAUUGACAGUCCGUAAAGCUGUGAGCCGAUCGGGUUAUGUGUGUGUGUGUGUGUGUGUCCGUGUCCGUGUCCGUGUCCAACAUUACAUUCAUCAAAUGGGUCGCAGAGGGGUUAAGCAGGGCGCGAUGCUUUGCACAGCCACGGGGGUGCGUAGCAGCCGGUGGCGGAAGCCGGUGGCGUGUCGGACGCGAAGCAGCCGAUGGCGUGUCGGGCGCGGGGAGCUGCCGCUUCAAGGCACACAAACAGUCAGGUCGCAUGUGGUGUCCAGAGCCACGGUGCGUCAUUUUGCCAUCAAGACUUGCAGAUCAGCUAAUUUGUCGAGGAUUGGAUUGCCGAGAAGGCCGACAGCUGAGGUUUUGGCGCGCAAUGGCGGAUUGCAUUUCCGGUGCAUGCGUCGUACGACGGGGGUGUUUGCAGCGGCCUACUUGAGGCGCCGCGGCUGACUCCUUUCCCACCAAGCACAGGGCCUUGUAAGCAGAACGUAGA